AUAAAUACCGCGCGGCAGCCAGCCGGCAAAAGAGCGCGCUGCUGACCUCCUCCAUCGUUGCUGCAACCGAGAGUGCGCAGCGCCCCGCGAGUGCUCAGACCGGCAGAGGAACCCCGCGGGCGGGUCAGCCGCGAAAUCCAACAUGAAAAUCCUCGUGGCCUUGGCAGUGAUUUUUCUCGUCUCCACUCAACUAUCUGCAGAAGAAAUCGGAGCCAACGAUGAUCUCAAUUAUUGGUCCGACUGGUCCGACAGCGACCAGAUCAAGGAGGAAAUGCCCGAACCUUUUGAGCAUCUUCUGCAGAGAAUCGCCCGGAGACCCAAGCCUCAACAGUUCUUUGGAUUGAUGGGCAAACGGGAUGCUGAUUCCUCAAUUGAAAAGCAAGUGGCCCUGUUAAAGGCCCUUUAUGGACAUGGCCAGCUUUCUCACAAAAGGCAUAAAACAGAUUCCUUUGUUGGACUAAUGGGCAAAAGAGCUUUAAAUUCUGUGGCUUAUGAAAGGAGUGUGAUGCAGGAUUAUGAAAGAAGACGUAAAUAGACUACCUAACAUAUUUAUUGAGCUUCAUUUGUGUCAGUGGUCAAGGAAAGGUAAAAUGAGACAUGCAUUAUGAGGAAUAAUUAUUUAUUUAAUAAUUGUUGUUUGAGUUUAAAACUCAAAAAGUAUUUAUUUUUCAUAUUGUGGCAAUAUAUGUUGUUAAAAAAUAUGUUGUAAUUCUAAUAUGACAACUCAGUCAGAAGCAGAAAUCAGUGGUAAUUUCUCAACAAAGCACAGUGUUCAAUGAAGUUGUAAAAACCUAUCAAAGAUAUAGUCUCCAAAGAAAGGAAUCAUUUCUGUUUCUUGGAAGCAGUCACAUCAGCUACUACUAAGGAAACGAAAUUCACAUAUAGGCUGUGCUUCUACAUUUGUUUUCAUGGUGAAAAUGUGCUGAGAGUUGGUAUCAAACUGUGUUUGUAUCCCUGCAGCAUGUUUCAUGUUUUGUGACUACAUAGAGAUGUUUAAAAAGUUUUACUGUGAUUCUAAGAUCUUUAUUUUAUUGUACAAUGUGUUG